AUGCUGCUGCGGGAGCUGCUGGCGCUGCUCCGCCGCUGCUGGCCCUCCCUGCUGCUGCACUGUGCCCUGCACCCGCUCUGGGGCUCCAUCCAGGUCACUCAGGGCGAGACCCAGAAGUCAUGUUCCAAUCCCGUAGCAGAGAAAGCCACAGAGAGCUGCCAGCAAAUUUGCCAGUGUAGACCACCUCCGCUGCUACCACCGCCUCCGCCUCCGCCGCCGCCGCCGAGGUUGCUGGUGGUCCCAACUCCCAAGUCUACCUUUUGUCCCACCGAGGAGACCUGGUGGCCAGGCCUGGUUAUUACCAUUGCAGUAUGCAGCGCCACACUAGUGUUCCUCUUUGUAGUUGUCAUCAUUUGCUACAAAGCCAUAAAAAGGAAACCACUGAGAAAAGAGGAGAAUGGAACCAGUCAAGCUGAAUAUGCAAUGACUUCCUCCCAGAACAACAAAACAGUUGAUAACAAUGCAGUCGUAUAACUCCUGAAAGCCCUUCGAGAUGCAGGAGGUGUUAAACUUUAGAAGCACACACACAAAGUAUGCAAGAUGGGUGAACUAAGGCAAGGAGAGGCGCUCUGUGGCCAAGGACUCCAUUUCAGAAAUGGCGCCCGCAACAGUGAUUCCGAAGAGCUGCUCUUCAGGCCUGCUGCUUGUACACGGGAGGAUAAACUUGCCCACGUGGGCUGCCUGGAGAAAAGGCCCCACAAAGGCCUAGCAUUGCAUGCUGCAUCUCCUGAAAGCAUCGUCACAAUGACUUCCAUUCGUCGUCGUCUUCUCCUCUCCCCCCACUUUUUUAGUUUGGACUGAUUAAGCAAAAGCUGCAUAAAUAGAAUCUUUUGGUCAAGAGGUGAUCUGCCAGAGCGGCAGCAACUUAUUAUAAAUGGGUUUGAGGUUCAAGGGUGGAAGUUGUCACCUACAUGCUUCUCCAGCCUGCGCAGUGUUUUCACUUACAAGCCAGUAGCUUUGUAUGCUUAGUUCAUUCACUCUUUUCAUUCCUAUU